AAUACCCACAGAGGGGUCCCGCCCUCUCCUGCACUGGGCCAAUGAGCGUUGGCGCGGGGCACGGGGCGGUCUGAUUGGUCGCGAGGGGUGGGUUCUGCUGCUAUGGCUUUGAGCAGGCGGCAUUCGCUUGUCAAACAUGGCUUCGAGUAGCAAUAGCGGCAACACGGGCUCCACUCUGCUGCAGCCCUUCAGCGAGGCCAUUAACCUAUCCGUCGACCAGGUGAAUUUUGUAGUAUGUCAGUUGUUUGCUCUGCUAGCAAGUGUGUGGUUUCGACUUUAUCUUCACCCAAGUAAAACAAGCAGCUUUGUCAGGCAUGCUGUUGCUACACUUCUGGGACUUUAUCUUGCAGUGUUCUGCUUUGGAUGGUAUGCUUUGCAUUUUAUUCUUCAGACUGGAAUUUCUUACUACAUUAUGGUCAUUGUUGGGGCAGGCCACAUGCAUAAGUUCUGUUUUGUCUUUGCUUUUGGAUACCUCACCCUCUGCCAAGUUAGCAGAGUAUACCUCUUCGAUUACGGACGAUAUUCAGCUGACUUUACUGGUCCAAUGAUGAUAAUAACACAGAAAAUAACCAGCCUGGCUUUUGAAGUUCAUGAUGGUAUGGCACGUAAAGAAGAGCAUCUGACUCCAGCACAGAAAUCCUUAGCUGUCCGGACCAUGCCAAGUCUAUUGGAAUAUUUAAGCUACAACUGUAAUUUCAUGGGUAUCCUAGCCGGACCCUUGUACACAUAUAAAGACUACAUUGCUUUCAUUGAAGGCAGAACAUUGCACAGGAAGAGUACUAUAGUAAAUGGAAAGGGGGAUGAACCAUAUGAUAAUGCAGAACCUUCACCUGUGCCAGCUGUACUGUGUAAGCUUCUCGUUUGCGGGAUUUCUUUGGCUUUUCACCUGACGGUCACAAAUAUGUUCCCUGUUGCAUACAAUAUUGAUGAAACAUUUGUGACUACAGCUAGCUUGCUUAGCCGAGUGUUCUACCUUUAUUUUUCAUUAAUGGCUGCCCGGCCAAAAUACUACUUUAUUUGGAGUCUUGCUGACGCUAUCAACAAUGCUGCAGGAUUUGGCUUCAACGGUUAUGAUGAGCAAGGCAAUGCACGUUGGGACUUGAUUUCAAAUUUAAAUAUUGUGAACAUUGAGUUAGCAACAAGUUUUAAAAUGUUCAUUGAUAACUGGAACAUACAAACAGCUCGCUGGUUUAAAAGAGUUUGCUAUGACCGCUGCCAUUAUCAUCCAACAAUAGCAACUUUUAUCCUCUCUGCAAUGUGGCAUGGAGUAUACCCAGGCUACUACAUGACAUUUCUUACAGCAAUACCAAUAACAUUAGCAGCUCGUGCAAUUAGAAACAACUUUAGAAACUAUUUUAUCAGGACACCAUUGUUCAAAUUAUUUUAUGACAUUGUCACCUGGAUUGCAACCAUGAUAGCAAUAAGCUACACAGUUGCACCAUUUGUUUUGCUCUCAGUGGAGCCAUCUCUAAAAUUUUACCGAUCUUGGUAUUAUUAUUUCCAUGCCGUCCCUCUGUUGGUCAUAUUGGUAUUGCCAAUUAAAUCAAGACGAAAGGAAAGUGAACAGCACCGUUCAAAACAGAAAUCACCGGUAGAACAAUUGACCUUGAACAAUUAUUCUGGUUUGAACAACAACUUGGACCAGAUACCAAGACCAUCGUGAACCAAGUGCAUUUGAUAGGAGAUACACUACUAAUGCAAGAUCUGCAGGGGAUUAAUUUGACCUUUGACUUCCUGGAGAUUCAUCUGAAGGGCUGAUUUCAGAACUUCUAAUAUUCAAGCAACAAUGCAACCAUAAAAAACAGAUGUGAACAACAAAGACAUAUGAUACUGAGAGGGGAACCUCUUGUUUUCUACACAGGGAAUAGUUAUUUCCAUACUACUGACUUGUAGAGAGAAAGGAUAUUCUGAAAUCUUCAUACAUUGAAACACUGAAUACUUAUUUUUAUGCUUAAGAUGGUUAGCAAUAUGUAACAUUUAUAAAUUAUUGUUUUCAGAAUUUUAAUACAAGAAUUCUGACUUUUUUCUGUAGUCACUCGAAUUGGGAUAAUAUCUUGUUUAUAGCAAAAAGUAUGAACGACCAUGAUGCCACUCCUAAUGAUAGACUGCAUUCAGUUUUGGAUUUUUUUUUUGUUUUGAGUAGGGGGUUAUAUGUAGAUAUUGGGCACUAAUUUUUUUUCUAACUUGAAUUUCUAUGUGUCAAAUUUGAAGCUUUUAAAAGAAAUAGGACUAGUUUUACAGUUGAUCAAUAAGGAAUUGUAGAAGUAUAUUGUACCAGUGUUAAUAAUACUAAAACUGGAGCUUAUGCUACUGAAGAUCCUGAAAAUUUUGAGGCUCCUGCCAUCUACAUCUGGUCAUUUAACAAAGGUGGUGCACGGUUGUGACAAAAUGUUCUUAAUCAUUCUUUGAGGGUGUCCACUGUAAAAUCAGCAAUGUUUACAAAUUUUAAUUUGAAUAAAUACCAAGCACAAUAUAUUUGUACUUCAAAUAAAACUUCCAAUUUAUCAGGCUCUAAAUAAGAAUAUUAUUGCUAUUUGGAGAAAAAAGUAAAAUAAUUGGACUCAUCAGAAAAAUAUAGCAACAAUUGAUUUAAAAUGCAUUCAUACUGUAUGUUGUUUUAUUUAAAUAACCUCUUAAGUGUAAUUUUUAUUCAAAUCCUUAACAACCCCUACAUUAAAUUUUUCUAUACAACUGCUGUCUAAAUUUUUUAAAUGACAGAUUCAAAGUAUGGAAUGAGAUUGCUGUGUAGCAAAUCAUAACAACUAUUAUCUUUUUCUGUGAAAGAAGACAAGAAAAUCACAUCUGUAAUAAAUCUUGUUUGUUGUAUGUGGGGGGCCACGGUAGUGUAGCGGUUAGCGCAGCACUAUUACAGCCUGGGACAUCGGAGUUCAAUUCUGGUGUCCUCUGUAAGGAGUCUUUGUAUGUCCUCCCCUUGGAAUGCAUGGGUUUUCUCUGGGUGCUCUGGUUUCCUCCCACAGUCCAAAGACAUACCAGGUAGGUUAAUUGGUCUUUGUAAAUUGUCCAGUGAAUAGGUUAGGGUUAAGUCAGGGGAUGCUGGGCAGCACGGCUCGAAGGGUCUGAAGGGCCCAUUCCACGCUGUAUCUCUAAAACUGAUUCAAUGUUCAAUUCUCAUUAUAAUUUUAGUUUUCCAGAGGGCUAAGCUUAAUUUAAGACUAUGGUUUCGUUCUUUUUAAUCAACCUCAGUUUCAGCAAUUCUAGGCAUGGCCAUUUAUCCAUGGUGGAUAUGAAUAUUAGAAUAUUUAAAGUAGAGUGAUGAUAGCAUUUUUAUUCCAUGUAUUUGUAACAUUGCACUGUAAUUAAUGGUAUAUUAGCUGUAUCAAGUUUACAAUGUGGAAACUUUUAAUUAACUUUGUAUUAUCUGCACAAAGUGAUGAAUUGUAUUAAAAUUUAUCCUAGUGCAAUUCAUUUCAGGAGAAUGGUUGAAAAAAAACUUUUAAUGUCAAGAAAUGAAAUAUUAGAUGUUUUUAUAGAUUUUUAAACAUCAGCUGUUCAACCUGUUGUGAUUUGUUUCUGAAUUUAACCACUAUAAAUGAAUUUGGAUUGGCUUCCAAAAUGUUUUGCAUAAGGGGAAAUUCCUCUUAAUACUGACUUUGCAAACAAUUUUAUUUUUCUAUUAAUGCUACCUUGAAUAUAAAUUAGUUUAUUUUCCCAUUAUGAAAAAGUGUUCAGUGGCUGUGGGCUUUCAAAACCUUACACGAUUAAACGGAAUAGAAAUCACCAAAAUAUGCCUUUCCAAUUUUCACAAUGUUGUCUAUUUUUAAUUCUUGUAGCAAAAUUAUAAUACAAUAUUUUGAACUAUUUUUUGUUUAUCAAAAUAUGUUAAAUAUUUUCUACCUGUAAUUUGCAGGGAAAAAGAUUACUCUUAAAGAGCUGCACUGAUGUCACUUCAGAGAUUCUUCACCUUUUGUAGAAGUUAUAUUCGAGUGUUUUGAUACAUAAUGCCGGCUGUUAAGUGAUUGUUGAAGUGAUUGUAUAAUCAUAUAAUGUAAUGUUUAAUUUGUGUGAUCAAAUUUUGAUUAAAAUAAUUGCUAAGAA